CAGGUCCCGUCCCCGAGGUGGGGACAACGACGGCCGCUGCGAUGACCGAAGUGGCUCCGAGGCGUCCUGACAUGGCAGCGCUGACCCCUCCUACUGAGCCGCUGCUCACCAGCAGGCAUUCAUCACCUUCCCGAUCGCCAUCCAAUCACAGGAGCCCCCCAGGCUCCCGACUGCAUUUAGCAAAAGAGCAACGAGGGGACAGAGAGAAGACUCAAGAGCUGUCGGAGGUGCUGCGGGAUAAGGAGCGUCGGGCGCAGCAGCAGCUGGAGCGCUACGCCGAGGAGCGAGGGAGGAAGAUGGAGGAGCAGAGGAGGAAGGAGCAGCGGCGCAGGGCAGCGGCUGAGGAGAAGAGACGGCAGCAGCAAGAGGCAGAAAAGGAGCGGCUGGAGGCCCUGGUCCGCCGGAGAGCUGGGGGAGCCGAGACAAGAGGAGGAGGUGGCGGAGGAGGAGGAGGAGGAGGUGGAGGGGAGGCUCGGGAGCACCUGGAUAACAGGCCUAAGCGAUGGACGUGGGGAGGACCGCCUGAUGGAGUGGAGGGUAACCCUAAGACCCCGCCCUGCCAUGCCAUUGGCUCCGCUCAGCCCAAUGAGCUCCCCGCUGCUUCCAGUGCCAGCCAAUCCCGCAACGCCGUUGACUUCCUGUCUCCAUCCGUCACGGAUCCAGUGAACAAACAGCUCUCCAACUCUUCAGCCGCCCUCCACUCACCAGAGAGAGUGUCUUUUGUGUCCCAUCGAACAGCUUCCCCCAACAACCACAGACCAUACAGGAGUUCCUCCAACCGCAGGAGCAUCGCUGGACUCCCUGAGGAGACGUCCAGAGCCAAAACACCCACGGGGGAGACUCCGAACACACCCGUCCGCAGUUCUUCCUUCAGGGCCAACAGUAAAGGCCCGGCCACACCAAAACGGGUGCGGUCGACCAGGAGUCGCGCCCAGUCUCCCUGCUCCCCUGGACAGUACCCCCCCUCCCCACUCAGGCAGAGAGCCACCACCCCCGGCACCGAUGACAAGGGCCAUGCUGAGGUCAAAGGUCACGGCACGCUGGAGAAGAAAUCAACCAAAUCUGAAACCACAGAGAAGAAGAUGCCCAAGUCCACCAGCAGAGAACUGACCGCAGAGUCUCCAGGCACACCCACGGGCAGGAGCGUCGGCGGCACGACGGAUGCUGAGGAGGCGUCCAGGCUGCUGGCAGAGAGACGGCGUCUGGCCCGAAUACAGAAGGAGCAGGAGGAGAGACAACGGCAGGAGGAGGAGAGGCUGAGGGCUGAGGAGGAGCAGAGGAGGCAGCAGGAGGAGAGAGAGCGACAGGAGAGAGCUGCACAGCAGGCCGAGGAGGAGAGAGUGAGGAGGGAGGAGGAGAGGAGGAGCAAGGAGGAGGAGGAGAGACGACAGAAGGAGCAGAGAUGGAAGGACAUGCAGGAUCAGCUGGACAGAGAGAGGGAGGAGGCCUUCCUUCGAGCCCAGAGAGAGGCCGAGAGGAAGAGACGGGAGAGAGAGCAGCUGCACAUCCAGGAGGAGCAGGAGAGGCUGCAGAGGAAGAAGAGAAUUGAGGAGAUUAUGAAAAGAACAAGGAAGAGUGAAGUGGAGCCUCCAUCGGGUGGCUCAGCGUCUGACAUGAGAGCCGAGGCUCCGCUGGAGGAGGACGCCCCGACUCCCGCCGACGCCCCCGUCAUCAUGCUGGGACCGCUGGAGAAUAAGAGCUGUGUGGACGAGCUGUCUGACGGGGUCCAGUCCAUGGACGUCAGUUCUCCAUCUGUCUCCAUCAGUCCAGUGUCCAGGGACGAGCAGGCGAGCGCUCAGGAGUUUUCCCCCGUCACUGAGGGAACGGACGGCUGCCCUCUGGAGCACCUGAUGGACCUGGACGCCCCGGGACGAGGACAGCGACAGGGUGCAGAAACAGCCCCUUACCCAAAGCUGCAGGCUGGCAGCGGGGUCGGAGACCUCAACAAGAACCUGCUGAUUCAAGCGUACAGCGCCGCCUCUGAAUCCUCCCAGCUCAUCCACAGCGUCGGCCCGAGCAAACUGGACGUCCAGUAGCCAGGGCCAUUUUCAGGAGCUGGAAGGUUCGGUAUAAACAGGAGCCAGGAGAAACAGGCCGAGAGACCAUCGCCUCCAUCUGCAACAGCAACAACAAUCAUCAUUUCCACAGGGAACAACAGCUGAACACCUGGUUUCUCAUCUGUAUUACCAAACCACACACUCGCAUAGCCGCUACGCUUUUGGCCACAUUUUCAGGCAGUGCAAAUGGGCAAUUAGAAACAGGACAACAUCGUGCUAACAGUGUGAUGUUUGUCAUGUGAAAAGGUUCAUUUUAGGAAAGUAAAAGAACUGGAAGCUUCAGUUCAGGUCAGGUUUAUUUAUCUAAAACUUAACUGUUUGUAAUAUAAAACUUGAACUAGUUGAAGGUCAGUGUCAGCGGAAAUCUGCACACAAUAACCCGCUUUUCAUUUACAGACACGUUUCUGCAUUUAACACAUCUCACAGAAAUCCCUGACACUGGACUCGAUCUUGUCUCUGGCGGUUUAGAGAUGUGCAGUGCACCUGCACCUGUUCCUGAUGAAGCCAAUGUUUCCCAGCUGCAUUGCCACCAAAUAUCACUCGAGCAUCAUCCGCUUCAAUCUCUCAUCCCUGCUUUUGUAAAGCUCUGUAAAUAGAUUUGACUGGGUGGUGGAGCGCGUCAUGGUGGGGGACAGGGAGCGGCUCUGUAGCAGUUUAUCUGGAGGGAAGCUGUUGUGUGAAUCCCGUGUAGCAUCUUCAGUGAGGCCUAGCUAGUUGAGCUGUUUUAUGGCCGUGGUUGUAGCUGUGUACUUCAACAGUGUGUGGGAGUUUCUCUCUUUCUCGUCAGUGUUUCUGAUGGUUACUGUGUGUUUAUCUCACCGCUGACCUGCUCUCCUGCCGACGGCAACUCCUACUUCUAUAAAACCCAGUCUGCUGUAGAUUUCCUGUCAUCCUGAUGCUGGAGAAAGCCACCAACAACUGAUAUUAUAACCCCGCUGUCGUCCUGCAACACUUAGAGCCUGUAGCUUUGGUUUCUCUGCUGCUCGUCACUUAAUUGAUGGAUGUUUUGUGGACUAGCAACGAUCCACAGCAACGAUAUGAAGAAAACUUCGGGGGAAAACGGUGAAAAAAACCCAGAAAGUCCUGUAUUUUUAUUUGCAGGUCAAGAAAAUAUUGACACAGUGUGUUGUGUAUUUGUCUGGCACUGACUGUAACCACGCAAGCUGCAGUUUAUAGUGUGCACUUAACAGUAGUUGUGUGUUUCACUGCUCUCACAGCGCUUACAACUCCACCUCAGCUCAUUCCCCAACUAAAAUAUACCUCACCGAUUCCAAACAGACUCUGGUGUUAAACAGUGUUCACCACCUCGCAGCUCAUCACCUCUGAGGCCUUAAACCUCUGCGCAGUCAGCACCUCCCCCGGUAACGGCCGUCCUCUGUGCUUCACCCUCAGGCUGUGCUUCAUCCAGCAUGUGCACUUCUCGCUGUUUAACUACCCCUGUCCACGAAAAAAAAGAUUCGGGAACGAGAGAAACAGUUAGCGAAAGCAAGGCGGGUUUAACGUUUGGGCAAAGCAUGCACAUGCCCUGGAGCCGCAGACCCUCAGGGGCCUCAGAAGCCUCAGAUACACUGUGCAGGUGAUCAGGGUCAUAGCCAGGAUUAAGACUGCGUUCCCCCAGCUGAACCCCACCCACAGAAGAAAAUUUAGACCGACCACCAACCAAACUGUGUACAAUUAUCUGAGUAUUUAACAUAAAUCACAUUAUAUUUAUUUUUUGUAAAUAUCUCCCUACAUGUUAGUCUGGUGUCAGCUUUUUUUUCAACCAGCCACCAGCCAUAUUUAUUUUAGGAAAAUCACAUUCUAUUUAUUCAGCUGUUAUUUGGUGCCAGGUGUGUCAGUCUGGUGGAAAUCACAAUUUUUUUUUUCCAUCAUUAGAAUCAGCCUUAAAAGUGCAGCAGGUGUAGUACGUGUGUGUAACUGUAGAAUGUAAACUCCUCUUUGUCAUUAUAAACCCUCCAAAUUUCCAGAAAUAAUACUGAGGACUUGACCUCUGCCUCCUCAGCAGUAACACCUUCUGUAUUUUACUUUACAUUGUGCUCAUUCGGUGCAUAUUCCUCUGUAAAUCUGCAAAGAAAGAUGGUGGUGGAGAAAGUCUUUGUCAGAAGGGACUUUUUUGGGGGCCGGGGAACCAAAAUUGAAUCCGGGUGCAAAGCAUGUGUGUUGUGGGAAAAGGGACUCUGCUGCUGAUUCAAGGUGUCACACUGAGGGAGAAAAGUUUCCCAGUCACUGCUGCAGCCAUCAGCGCGCUGUUUUACGUUCUCACGCUCCUGUUGGCGUCUUCGCCAGAUUCUGCUGAAACUCAUCGUAGGAGGUCUCCUGGGUCCCCUUGUAUAUGACGUAAAAAUAAAGGACAUAAUGUUUAUCCUAAUAUUACUUAAACUCUGUGACACUGCAGCUUGGUGGAAUAUAUCAUUGUAGAUGUGGUGCAUGGAUAACUGCUGAAAAAGAACAAUAAACUUCAUCAAGCCAUUUGUGUCAUUGAGCUGGAUAAAUAAAGAAAUGUGUAAUAAUGGGAAACACGUGUGGUGGCAGAAUGAA